AUGUUGAGAGCGCGGCUGCUCGAGCCGCGAAUCAAGCCGCGAGGGGCUGAGGAACUAGCCCAUUUACCCUUGGCGGAACCCAGCCAAGAGCAACAUGUCCGAGUCGUCAGUCUGGAAGUGCGCACCUCUACUGGAGAAUGCAUGCCCAUGCAGAUUGAGAUUCUCUUUGCUGGCCGCACUGUCACCCUCAGCAGCGGGCAUGGGGCCCAGGGCGUCUUUCACAAGUCGUUCAAUGGGCAAAGCCGCAUCCUCGACGUGGCCGUAGUGCCUGAUCUUGCCCAAACCGCCCGUUUGAACGUCUUCAUCUUGGAACAGCGAUUCCUAGAUAUCCAUCUUGGCGCUGACAACUACCGCAUCGCUUCGCCCUUGCCUCUGGGUGCAAUCCAUGCGCUUGGCGAGCGCUCCGUGCUGGCCAUCACGCAGCUCCAUGCGAGCCCAGCAGGGGGGCAUCGGAUGCGCUCCUCGCGCCUCUCACAGCGCCUCUCGCAAUCCUUCCGCCGGACGGCAAGUUAUGGUGCCAGCGCGUUGGGCGAUCGAAGCAUCCUUCAAGACCCUGAUACCGGCUUGAGCGGCCCCAUGCCCAGUCUGCUGAUUUUGUGCGACCCGCUCGAUGAGUUUGAACCUCUGUACUGGAAACCCGCGGCGACCCCCGAAGCCAAUGCUACCUCGGACUCUGAGGGCACCCCCGCAACGACACCAAGCGCCCCACCGCUGCCCCCACUGGUGACGCAACGUUUUGUUGCCAUCGUCAAGUGGAAUCACCGACACCACGUGGUGACGUAUGAUGAAGCGACUCAGCGGCACACCCUGGCCACCAUCUAUGUGGCGCCAAGUGCCGCCAUCCGCAAUCUAACCGCCCCACAGGACGAGCCGCGCUGCUUCCUAACCGAUGCCGUGGUGCUGGAUAUGCUCCCCGACUCGACGAUUCCUGCCACCUCAGUGGAAGUUGUUCAAUCACAUGCUCAGUCAUUGACUCUGGCCUUUGUUUUUAAGGCUCAGCAAAAGAUUUUUCAUCUCGAGUUUGGUUUGCCUCCCACUCUGCCAGUGCUCAAGGUUAUGCUUCCUGGCACCAGCUUGGUGGCUCUGGACUGCUUUGCCACUGCCGUUCGCCUCCAGCUUGUCCUUAAUCCCGACAACACACUCUCCCUGUACAGCGGCCAUGCCCUUGUUGCCAUGGUCAAUUGCAGCAGUGCCGAGGGACGGCCACUGCGCGUGGGUCAGGUCCUACACGCUUGUCAAAACCAAUUCUCAAUCGUUCCUCUGGGCCAGCAUACAAAGGGCAGCGUGGAGAGUCUCGCUACUCUGCAGCUGUCGGGAGAGCCGAAUGACUUUGCUUUUGACCUUUUGUGUCUUGUUUUACUCUGUGUGCAAGAACAAGCAAUGCAUACCCUGGCCUCUCCGACCAACCUAGCGCUUCUAGCUGCCCGAUUGGCGCAAUGCUGUGGCCUGCCAGGUUUAGCACGUGACCUGCAGCUGAGGUUUCAAUUACCUGCCCUUGGCCCUGUGCAGGUCGCAGCGGCCAAGCCGAUACUCACAGAGGCAUUCAUCGAGAAGCGCCCGCCGCGCCUUCUCCGUCCAUUCAAUGCUUUCUUCGCGACGUCUUUGAGCGUGUUCAAGAGCCGUACCCAGCCACCUGGAAACUCGAAGCUUAUCAGCUCAUUGGCCGACCCUGACUUUGACCCAGUAGUGGAUAUCAAUACCCGACAAAUUGUUCUGCACUCGGAUAACGAUGGCACCGAAGUUGAUGGCCAAGUCACUGCCUUGCGCUUUCCUCUGGAUCAGCGCGUUGUUGAGAUGCGACGCUGUUUGUGCUCGAGUGUCCCUGUAACCGUGGUAGUACCGAAGACGGCAGAGCUGUCUGACCAUGAGCUCCAGGCAGAACAGAAAUCCAUGUUGCAGAUCAUAUCAAUGCGCACGCAGGCUUUGCCUGUAGGGCGAGCCAUGUUAACGUGCCGCACCCUGAAUGCUGUGCCCACCCAGAAACUCAAGCACCCGCCGUUGAAUCUAUCGGGCAAGCUGCGACCAACAGGAACUGUUUCCUGUGUGUGGGAUAGCAUCAAUGGCGGUGUUGCCUUGGGCCUACGCGUGCCGGCUCGAGUGACAACUCAAAAUGUUCGGACAUAUGAGCCUUUCCUGCCUCGUGGCAAUGAAACGGACGAAGACACGUACGCUGGUUUCAUCUAUGGCCUUGCCUUGAAUGGCUACUUGCGGCACCUGCGCACCCCAAGCCUGUAUCAUCUCCUCUCGAGUGGGCAUGUUGCCACAAUCGUGGCUCUUCUUCUUGGACUAUCAGCCAGCCUCGUCGGCACCAUGUCAUCAAACGUUGCCAAGGCGCUGAGUAUUCACAUCCCAGCUCUGAUGCCGUCUUCCACGUCAGACGUGGCCGUCGAUGGCGUGAUCCAGUGUGCAGCCAUCGUGGGUUUGGGCCUGCUUUACUGUGGCACAAAGCACCGACGUAGCAUCGAGGGCGAGUCGGCCAAGCACAUUCAAGACCUACGCAUCCUCGACAAGCUUACCCUGUUUGUCCACGGGGGGCGCAAACGACGCAACAUGCUCCGUGCUCACCGCGAGGCACGGAAUGAACAGUGGAUGGAAGGCGAACAAACGAAUACCGUUCACAAUGGACCAGGUGCUUUGAUGGCUUUGAGUCUAGCAUUUUUCAACACCAACAACACCACAGUGGCAGACCUGAUUCGCACACCACAGACAGAGUUUUUGGUGAAUCAUACAACUCCCGAGCUGUUGAUGCUUCGUGCCGUCGCAUACUGGUUGAUCAUGUGGAACGACAUUCAGCCGACUGAGGAGUGGCUUGUCUCAUUGCUCAACCCCGAAUUCCGCCACUUCAGUUUGACUCGGAUGUCUUACGGCUAUCACAUGUCCAUUGCUACUGCCAUUGGCAUGCUGGGGCUGGGCGGCGGUACUUGUGUCUUUGACACGGAUGCUGUUUCAAUCGCAUGUCUUCUCAUGGCCUUUUACCCCAUCUGGCCCUCCACACCAACCUCAAAUGCCCAGCACCUGCAGGCCAUGCGCCACCUGCACAUGCUAGCCGUACGCCGCCGCGUGUUGAUGGCAUUUGACGUUGAAAACCAACGUCAAGAGCACGUCCCCCUGAAGCUGCUCAUCAAGCGUGGAAAGGAUCAGGAAGAGACAUUGGAAGGACUAACGCCGCUGCUGUUGCCUGAGGACAUCAAGCGCGUGUUGUCCGUGGAUGUACUUGGUCAGCGUUUCGAAGGGCCCCAACUCCGCCCAAAAGAGGUCAAAUGGCAUCGGCGCUCGCUAAAUGCGUCGGGCACCAUUUAUGUGGUCCCAAAAUCAGCAGCUGUGCCGUAUCGCCGCCAUCGCAAAAUACUUGAAGCCCUACUGGAGCAUGGACCUGUCGGAGCUUUGGACGCUGACCAAGCUCUUGCUCAGACUCACCCAGCCGAGGCCGAUGAGGCAAUCCCAAAGCACAACGAGGCAAAAUGUGCCGUCGUCGAGCAUGUGCUCGCGCUGCUCGAUCGUGCGAUGCAAGAAGGUGUAGCACGACCCGCAACUGAGCUGACACCAUUGGUGGAAGCCGCCUCGAUCAUGAGUCGCAAUCUGCCGGUGCGUAUCUUCAAGGUUUGA